AUGUUUCUCACUAGAUACAGCACUCCUGUCCCCGAACUCGAUGACCACCGUUUUCAGCUGGAUCCGCCUCGAAUGGACGCCGCACCCGAUGUGCCGCUUAGCCGGCAAAAUACCGCACCGCAGGGUUUGCACCCAGAGACUCCCCAACGCCCAGACUUGCUCAUUAUACAGGACGCCCUGCGAGAGGCCGGGUCCUUUUCGCGCGACUUUGAGCAAGCAGUUGUCGACGACGAUCGAUCUAUUCAAGAUCUCACGGCACUGGGACGUCGUUUCUCUGUUGAUCCCACCGGCAAUGUCCGGCAUGGUCGCGCUUACAGCCGCACACAUCAGGAUUAUGCCAACUUGUCGCGCGAGUCAUCCGUAUCAGCUCGAUCGACCUCCCCGCCUAACUCAGUCGAGGCGUUCGCAGAUCCACGUCGCCGGGAACGGGCGAAUACCCUGGAGAGCCACGGAGCUCCUGAUCUUGAGGCCAUUCUUCAACGUACUGUUUCCGGCGGUACGCACCAUCGCCGCCCAACGUUCAGCAAUGCCAGUGUGAUACGGCCGCAGGCUGGGGACGCACAACUGGAGCCCACCGAUGAUGGUUGUGUGCCAACAUUCGAGCAGCCUGGCAGAAUCCCAGUCAUUGAUUACGAGGAGCUGGAAGAAUUUGUCGCGCUCAGCCAGCAAGCGAAGCCCACAACAAGCAGACGUAAGCAUAGUCUGAGCUCACAGAGCAAGAAACCGCGUAUUUUCUACGACCUUCGUGCGGGCGUCCAUAAUUUCGACAGUGAUGGCACGAAACGAUCUUCAAGCACAGAGAAUUCAUCUGAUGAUAUACUGGAUUCGAUUUCCGCGAAGAAUGAAAAGCUAUUUGCGGAAGUUUCGAAUGAGAAGGAGUUACUUGAGAACAUGAAGAAUGAGAAUGAGCCCACCCGGUUUGGCUUUUUCUCUUCCGAAUCUCAAAGUACUGUGCAUGCUGCAGAGUUGGGUGACCUGGUCUUGCCCGGGGACACUUUCCGUGAUCUCUUCCAGCUUGGCCCGGAUGGUGGCGUCUGGUGGCUUGACGUGUUGAAUCCUACAGAAGACGAAGUGGGUGCUUUGUCCAGAGCUUUCUCCAUCCACCCUUUGACAACGGAGGACAUCCUAACCCAGGAAGCUCGCGAGAAGGUCGAGCUUUUCAAGCAGUAUUAUUUUGUCUGCUUCAGGACCUUUUACCAGAUGGAUAAAACCAGCGAGCAAUUCAUGGAGCCCGUGAAUUUUUAUAUGGUUGUCUUCCGCGAUGGAGUGCUUUCGUUCUCAUUCACUGAGAAUCCACAUGCAGCUAAUGUUCGGAAGCGAAUCGGAAAGCUUCGCGAUUAUGUCUCACUCAGCAGCGACUGGAUCUGUUAUGCGAUGAUCGACGAUAUCGUGGAUAGUUUUGGGCCCGUGAUCCGUGAAAUAGAGGUCGAGUCGGAGGCUAUUGAAGACCUUGUGUUCAUCGCGCGUAUGGAUGAUUUUGAGUCCUUCCUACCACGCAUUGGCGGCCUUCGCAAAAAGGUCAUGAGUUUGAUGCGACUCUUGGGUGGUAAGGCCGAUGUUAUUCGGGGCUUUUCGAAACGCUGCAAUGAACAGUACUCAGUGACGCCUCGCGGUGACAUUGGCCUAUAUCUAGGCGACAUCCAGGAUCACGUUGUAACCAUGAUGUCUAAUCUGGCCCAUUUUGAAAAAAUGCUUAGCCGCUCGCACACCAACUAUCUUGCGCAGCUGAAUGUAACCAACCUGAUGCUGGGCAAUCAUGUCAACAAAGUUCUCAGCAAGGUGACACUCAUUGCCACCAUGCUCGUGCCCAUGAACCUCAUUUGCGGUCUCUUUGGUAUGAAUGUGGAGGUCCCUGGACAACACACCGAGAGCCUUGCGUGGUUUUUCGGGAUCAUCGGCGUCAUUGGUGCUAUUAUCAUCAUUAGCGGAGUGGCCGCACGUCGCUACAAGCUUGUGCUUGCGAUCGCCGAUGCGGUUAUUUUCUUGGUCGCUCUCGCAGUGACUCUUUGCGCUGGUCCCGUCUCUGCUCACGAUGCUGAAGAAGAAUCCUCGACGCAGCUGGCCAUUACUAGCCACGGGACCAUAUACCUCGGCGAUGUCGACGCACGGUUUGGGUUCCCACUGGACUCAUAUAAUGGGCUGGAGUUUGAAGAGACUCGGGGACGUGAACUAGACUUGGUCCGUCGAGCCCCGACUGGGGUGUCAUCCCUGGGAAACAACCAGUACCAGGAAGGCACGCUGAGUUUGGGUGAGACUCAGCACUGGUAUUUCCCUACAGAUUCGAUCGCUGGCGAUAGCACCAAUGACACCACUUCGAAACGGAGCAAAGAUAUUGCAAAACGAUCGACGACCAUAUAUCUAUCCCUGACAGCCUGCUCGAAACCGAGUCUCAACAAGUCGGAAGAUGCGACCGGUUCCUCGUCCACGGUGCCACAACUGCAGGUCUUCGUCUCGCUGUCCGACACACUUGAGAAGCCCGGCCCCGACAAAGAUAGUGCGGAACAACAGGUGUUUGCCGCCGAGGAGGGCUAUAUGGGCACGACUCUGGAAGCGGACGGGAAUAUGUAUAUCGGGGUCACCUCUCCUAAUGACACGCAGUAUUCGGGGUCGUACACGUACCAAAUUGCAGUAUCCACCGAUGCCUUUUUUCACGAUGUAAAUACCGAGGAUCAGCUUCUAUACCUGGUGGACUCGGACACAAAAGCCGCACUCUUCACGACGAAAAACCUCACCGACACAGAUAUCGACGCCCAGGACAUCAGCAUAUGGAUGAACAAGACACCCCCGUACACAAUGUUUGCCAAUAACUUGAACAGCACUGCGGUCUCGGGCCUGGAGCGAUCCUUUUGUGCCCUCGAUCGGCUUGCGCAGAUCGGUAUGAAGGACGUGGAGUCCAGUAUGACUGCACGCGGUGAUAAGUUCCGGCCUAAGGAACAACUCUAUGCCACUGGUCUGAAUAAAAGCUCUACCUACAUUGGGAUCCUGGCCCGAUAUGGCAAUUCUACCAGUGCAGGUAAUGGGAUAAUAGGUGGCGGUGGGAAGGUCUGGAAGCCGAUGAAUUUCACUACGAAGACAGAGGACAACUGUGCACUGGUGUACGACCUUUCAUUCUGCUCAGAAGUCGCCUAUGCCGUGCCAUCGAACUUGUCCGCCCAAACCUCGACCUUACGCACAUUCUAUGACGACAAUGCUGCAUCUCUCUACCAAAAUUUCAAUUACUCUCUUCAACAAGUCCAGUGCAAUGCUUCCAGCGAAACCAUGUUCUCCCUCGCUGUCUCCUGCGACAGCUGCGCCGAGGCCUACAAGCAGUGGCUUUGCGCUGUAACGAUUCCCCGGUGCCAAGACUUCUCGAGCACCGACUCCUUUCUUCAAGUCCGCAAUGCGGGCCAGGCAUUUUUAAACGGCACCUCCAUCACCAACAGUAGUCUAUUGACUAACCCUGCCACAAACCAAUCACGGAACCCGUUGAUCGACACUGACAUCAAGCCGGGUCCCUAUAAGGAGAUCCUCCCCUGCCAGGACGUCUGCCACAGUCUCGUCCGAAAUUGUCCGUCCGCUUUAGGCUUCAGUUGUCCCGUGGGGCAGUGGUUAAAUUCUUCCUACGGGGUCCGGGACUCAAAUGGCGAUAUCACCUGCAGCUACUUGGGAGCUGCGUACUAUCUGAAUAUGGCGGCGGGUCUCCGUCACAAUGUAUGGAACGCUUUUUUUGCCCUGACCGCCCUAUGGACCGCGCUGUGGGCACUUUAA